AUGGGGGACAGAGUAAUUCUCAGCUAUCAUGAUUGUUUGAUCCACGAAUCAGAUCUUAGACUGUUAGAGGGUCGUAACUGGCUUAAUGAUUCUCUUAUAUCUUUCUGGUUUGAGCAUCUGCAGCAUGACAUUUUCUGUGGGAGAUCUAGGCUGUUGUUUAUUAGCCCAGAAGUAACACAAUUAAUUAAGAUGGGAGAUGCUAAUGAAUUACCUAUAUUUCUUGAUCCUCUUAAUGCACGGUUCAAGGACUAUAUGUUCCUACCUGUUAAUGACAACUCAUCAGUCAUUGCAUCUGGAGGGAGCCAUUGGAGUCUCCUUGUUUACAGCAGGUAUGACACAAAGUGGUAUCACUAUGAUUCCCAAAGAGGUGCCAAUUAUCGUGAUGCUCGCUGCCUUGUACAAAGAAUAAAUUCUUACCUGAAUAGGGAUAUACCGGCAUCACUAGUAGAUGCCCAUUGUACACAGCAAGACAAUAGUUACGAUUGUGGGGCCUUUGUUAUGACUUAUGCUCACCGAGCAGCUGCACAGGCUGUUGAGGGCACUGCCCUAGGAACCUGCUAUGUUGAUAGACAAGAAGCCAAUCGCAUGCGAGACCUUAUCAAGUCUCUUGUGUAUAGACUUAGGGGGUGAAAAUGGAUAACUAUGAAGAUAUAGUUCCUGCCUUGAUCAUCAACUGCCGUACUGCCCUUAACUGAACAAAAUGAGCUUGUAGCAUGUGUGAUGUUCCUAAACAUGUUGACUAAUGGGUGUUGCUUGGCAGGAAGAUGUAAGCCAAAGGUUUACUAUUUGCUGCUAGGAUAUGAUUGCUGUGUCAGUUUUUGUUAUGAGUGAAGAGCAAUCUUCUUUAGUUGCACAGGACCCAACUUAUGCUUCUUACAAUAUUUUGCUAAACUGCGGUUUAAGCUUCCAUAUGAAUGAAGCUUUACUUGUCUCAGGUUAUUGUAACGUAGUCAUGAGAAGUGAUUUGAUCUUAAAUAUGAUUUAUAAAUAUGAAAUGCAACCAGAAAUUUAUUAAAUUUAAUUUAAAAUGUAGGUUUCAUUGUCCUGUAUAUUGAAUACUAAAGUUUAUUUAAUUGCUUAUACUAUGUACCCAUUAGCAUGCUCCCCUGAUAAGACAAUCUCAAUGGUAAGAGCGUCAUACUUGUAUAACAAUAUAUACUAAUACUCGAGGGCAUCAUGUGUUAAUCCUAGACACUAGUAAUGGGUUAUGUGAUCUCAAAAAUGAUCUACUAUACAGUAUUGUAUGAACAGAACUGUGUUUUAUGUCAUUGUUAAUGGCAAAAUGGAGUAAUUGUUUUAAUGAACUUUUACAAAAAUGUGAUAUUUUCAUACCAAUCACUUGUCUAUGAAUGAUUGUAUAUUUUAACAAGUGACGAGUAAACUGGUGAAACUUGUAGGACUGUCGAGUAAAGGACGAGUAUUUUCUUCAGCUGCAUAAUUAAGCUCUUAACCAUCUUUGUGAUAGUAACUAUUUUUGCAUAACCCUAAAUUCUAAUACUCUUUGUGCUGAUCAUCAAAGAUGGUAAAAAUCUAUUUUUUUUUUGUCCUUACAAUAUUCAUUGUUAACCUAAUUAUGUUCAUUGCCACUAUUUGUGUACAAGUACAUAUCAUCGCUCUAUAUAUGAAUGUCACUGUACCAUCUGUGUGCUGGUCUGUCUGGACAGAUGGAUACACACUAAACUACAGUAUUUAAAAUUCACUUGCCUUGUACAGUUAUAUUGGCAUGAUGUAGUGUGUUAUGGUUUUUCAUUAACCAAUUUUCUAAAUUUUAAGUUUUCAGUUUCAAGUGGAUGAUGCAUAAAAAACACCAAACAUAAAUUGUAACAGAUUUUGAAAUGCUGUUCAGUACUGUAUAUGCCUUAGACUCGACUAAUUCACUGUACUAUUGAUAUAAUCUUUUGGGCGAGAUUGUUUAUUGGUCACUAUAUAAAUAAUACUUCAACUAAGUGAUGUAAGCUUUAAGUAUGUUGUAUGACCUGGGAUCAUAUACUGUAAUGAACUGUAUUGCUUCAGAGCUGUAUAUUCCCAUAUGGCAGCUAUAGUACCAUGAAAUAUUUAUUUUUUAUUGAUGUAUAAUGGUUCCGAUUAGAAUUGCAGCAAUUUGAGUAAACACACACACACACAGGUCAAAUGAUAUAGUGAGCUGAUUUGAAGCUAAAUAACUACAGCUGGUCCCCAGUUUUACAUGGGGAUAGGUUUCUGGAGAUCAUGAGUAGAAUUUUGCUAACCAUUUUAUGGUAAUACAGUAUAGUAAAAGUCUGAUUAUCUGACGAGUCUCAUUAUUGACGUUUAUCAGGAUAGGCCAAAGUUGGUUACCUACCUAUACCUGACCUUGGUGCUCUGCAGUCUGGUUCAGCAUGGUGUUGUUCACCUGCAGGCAACAUACUGUGCUACUGGGAUUUACCAAUGAUUAGAAUUGUAAUCCUUUUAGUAUGUUGGCCAUGCUAAUUGUAUUGUACAGUAUAGUUAUUUACAUUUAAAGUCAAAUUACAAGCCAAAAACAGAUGUUCAUAUGUAGUCCAUCCAGGUAUCUGACCAUGUCCAAGUCCCAAACAGAUCAGAUAAUCAUGAGUUUUACUGUAAAAAGUUACUCAUGGCAAUGAAUUUUGUUACAUAAAUCAAUACAAAUAAUGUAUGUACUGUAAAAAAAAUUAUUGACAAUAAAAUAAUGCCAUAAAAAUAGGCUGACUUAAAA